UCCUGCUAGUGCACUCAAAAUGUCUAUUGGAUGUGAAAUUAAAUUUGACGAGAAUCCAUACGGUGUGUAUUUUCCGGGGCAAACACUUGCAGGAACAGUUGAGCUACGUCUGGCGGAGGUUACCAAGGUUAAAGGAGUCGCCCUGAAGAUCAGCGGCGUAGCGGAAGUCAAAUGGUCGGAAACCACGGGCACUGGCAAGACACGGCGAACCAUUUACUACCAUGGUCGGCAGGAUUACUUGCACUCUACCACAUAUCUGGCGGGAUCGAAGGAAGGAAACACACUCGAGCUGCUGCCUGGCAUACACACGUACCGAUUCUCCUGCGUGCUACCACCGAACUUAAUAACCUCACUAGAAGCUGACCAUGGACACGUACGAUAUACUGUGAAAGUUGUACUUGAGCGCUCAUGGAAGUUUGAAAAGUCUUACAAAGUCGCUUUCACGGUUCUUCGUCACGUAAACUUGAAUGAAGAAUUGUUCGAAAUCCGUUUUCCCUCGAAGAUGGAGAAAGCUAAGACAUUUUGUUGUGGUCCCUGUCGAUCCGAUCCUAUGCACAUAACAGCCGAAAUUCCCAUUUCCGGUUAUGUACCAGGGCAAACGAUAGCGGUGAAAAUAGACGUCAACAAUCAGAGCAGAAAGAACAUGGAUGAACUCUCCACUAAACUGGUGCAAAUAGUUUCCUUCAUCAGUCAAACACCACGCUGUCAAGUGAAAGCAGUUUCAUCCGUCAUAGCGGAGGCUCGUUGUGCCGGAGUGAACGGACAGAACAAACAGACCUACGAACAGCAUUUGUUGAUACCACCAAUGCCACCUACCAGCCGAAGUUGUCAGGUGUUGACAAUCAACUAUUGUGUCGAGGUCGAAGGCAAAAUUUCCGGCCUGGGCAUCAAUCCAAGAAUUCAGAUACCUGUAACAUUGGGAACGAUUCCUCUGUCGGUGAGAGCAAUACCAGCAUUUGGGAAUGCGAUGUUUACGACACCAGUGCUUCAUCAACCAACCUCAGCCGCUCCAGAAGGAACCGUUCCAAUUGAGCCCAGAAUUCCUGCAGAACUGCCACCACCAAGUUACGAAGAAGUUAUCAGUGCUAGUCAAACCGACAUCCAAGACGAGGGAGAAACUAAUGAAAUUGGAUGGAGAAACUACACGCCACGAUAUAUGGUUUAUCGAUUUGAAGGAUCACAGCCUGAGGGUGGUUCAGGAGCAUUAACCAGUGAAAAAUGAUUCAGAUGUCAAUAAUGGUAGCAGCUACCUAAACUUGUGGAUGUACUCAGGCCGGGAUUGCAUAUAAAUAUAAUAUCACUCAAUAAAUUCGUCCGAUGACUAAUAAAGAUUGAA